AUGAAGGACCAGCGUGUUAGUCUUUCCGAGGACGUCAUUCCCAACUUUAACGAUAUCUGCAACGAUUUGGCGAAAAUUACCGAGGGAAUGAGCGGCCGAGAGAUUGAGAAAAUGUGCAGCAAUGUUUACGCAUCUGCAGUUUCGAAAGAAGAGGCUGUUAUCGACCGGGCAGAGCUAGAAACAGCUGCGAAAGAAUACAAGAGCCAGAGCGACGAGAAAGCUAGAAUCAGAGAGUAUCAGCUCAAACGAGCCAUGACGAUUUAG